AUGGCGAGACCAGAUUGGUACAACCAAUUCGAAAAGGAUGGCUUCGCUGUCAUACCAUCCGUGAUACCCCACGACAAAGCCAUCGAGUAUCAGAAGAAAGCGUUUGCUUGGCUCAAGUCCUUUGACAACCCCGCCUUGGAUCUGACAGACUCUGCGACGUGGACGCCCGAAAACCUGCCAUUCAUAUCCGGAAUCAACACAGUCAACCACUACGGAGUUGUCCACGAGAAGUUCAUGUGGGAUAUCCGUCAGGAACCAGGCGUCAUUGACGUCUUUGCAAAAGUUUGGAACACGCGCGAGCUCAUCGUCUCAUUCGACGCCCUCAACAUCACCCUCCCACACAGACCAGGCCACGUCCCCAGAGACAAGUGGCCGCAUGUCGACCAGAGCCCAUACAGACAAGGCCUAGAGUGCGUGCAGGGCAUAGUGAACCUCUCAAGGGCUGGGCCCGAGGACGGCGGAUUAACGGUGUACCCGGGAACGCACAAGAUCACAGAGUCGUUCUUCCGCGAACACAUCGACAAGUCGCAGUGGACGCGAAGAGACAUCUUCAGCUACACCCCUGAGCACAUUGCCUGGUUCGAGAAGGAGGGGUAUCGUGAGCACAAGGUGGUUGCGCAACCAGGAGACUUGAUCAUCUGGGACUCACGACUGAUUCACUUUGGAGCCGAGCCUACAUUAAACAGCAACACGAUACGGACUGUUACCUAUGUAUCAUAUGCACCUGCGUCUUUCGCGACGGAGGAAGCCCUGAAGGCUAAGAAGGAGGCCUUUGGCAGUUGGCUUGCUACGACACACUGGCCUCAUGAUAACAUUGUCCCAAGAACAAACCGGCCGACUCUACCGGAUGGAUCAGUUGAUGACAGAAGAUCAGAGCCAUUGGAAAAGCCUGAACUCUCACUCAAGUUAUUGAGGCUGGCGGGGGUUGAGGCAUAUUAG